AUGUUGAGAGGAGUCUUAGUGCUGCCGAGCCGCAGUUGCAGCAGGCUAUUCAUGGUCGUUCCUCGGAGGUUAAACAGUUACCUUGCUCCCGCAGCAGUGUCAAUCCAGGCGCCUAGAAGAUAUAACGUAUCUCUCUUAGCUGUUAUAGAGCGACGUGAGGUUGUAAUAUAUAGACCAAAACGGGGGUAUUCUAGUCUGUCUAAGACGAAAAAGGACAAUGAUGGCAAUGGUAGGGGUUUAUUAAAGGAUGAUAACGAUACACAGGUGCAGAAGGAGACGUCCGUUGGUUGGCGGGAAGUUUUGAGACUCUGCUCAUUAGCGAAGCAUGAUUGGAAACUAUUGGCUGUUGCUAUUGGGCUAUUGAGUGUGUCUUGUACAAUUGGUAUGGCAGUCCCAAAGGUGAUAGGGUUGGUGCUAGAUGCUACGAAGAAUACAUUGAAAUCAAGUUAUGAGAAGGGUUCGCAAGAUUUGGAAGGUGUAAACGAGGAUAAGGAGUCGUUAAUUGCGGGUCCCAUCGCAUCAUUGGAUGCUUUACCGCCCAUAGUUGGGACAUUAUCUAUAACCCAAUUUGUAGGGAUUUUCGCGGGAGCGUUAGUAGUGGGUGCUACAGCCAACUUUGGUAGAGUUGUGUUGUUGAAGAUUAUAGGCGAACGACUCGUUUCCAGGCUCCGUUCUCAAGUUAUUAAAAGGACCAUGCAUCAUGACAUAGAGUUUUUUGAUAGAAAUAAAGUGGGUGAUCUAAUAUCGAGGUUUGGUUCUGAUGCGUACGUAGUGUCACGUUCCAUGACACAGAACGUAUCUGAUGGCUUUAAAGCCAUUAUUUGCGGUGGUGUAGGCAUGGGUAUGAUGUUUCAUAUCUCAAGUACUCUAACAAGUGUGAUGCUUCUUUUUGCACCGCCAUUACUUGUUGGUGCCUUCAUAUAUGGUAAAAAAAUAAGCGCCAUCUCCAGACAACUGCAACAAUCCUCUGGUAAUUUAACAAGAGUAGCAGAGGAGCAACUCAAUGGUAUAAGAACCAUAAAGUCUUUCGUUGCUGAGAAAAAGGAAAUACGCAGAUAUAACGAUGCGAUACGACAGUUGUUUUACGUCGGAAAAAGAGAAGCGUUUACUAAUGCCACAUUUUUCAGUAGCACAACCAUCUUGGGAGACAUGAGCUUUGUGAUCGUUUUAUUGUACGGCGCAAAUCUUGUUCUACAAGGUGCCCUAUCAAUUGGUGAUCUAACAGCGUUUAUGUUAUAUACCGAAUAUACGGGAAGUUCAGUUUUUGGGUUAUCCACUUUUUACUCGGAAUUGAUGAAAGGCGCUGGUGCUGCUUCUAGGUUAUUCGAACUAAUGGAUCAUAAGAAUUCUGUAAGAUCAAACAUAUCUCAUGCUUUAACGCCUACACAAGGAAAGAUAGAAUUUAGGGAUGUAUCCUUUAGCUAUCCAACGAGACCAUCAAAUCAAAUAUUCAAACAUAUGAGUUUUACCAUCGAACCUGGUUCCAAUGUAUGCAUUGUUGGACCCUCAGGUAAAGGUAAAUCCACAAUAACUUCACUUCUUUUACGUUUUUACGAUCCAAAUUACGGUUCCAUACUAAUCGACAAUCAUGAUAUUUCAAAAUUUACUACCAAGUCUUUGAGACGUCACUUGGGUGUAGUACAACAAGAACCAACUUUGAUGUCUGGAACUAUUCGCGACAAUAUUACUUAUGGACUUUCAUAUACUCCAACAAUGGAUGAGAUUCGUGUAGUCUCAAAACAAUGCUUUUGCCACGGUUUUAUAACAAAAUUUCCAGACGGCUACGAUACAGUAAUAGGUCCUAGGGGUGCAUCACUAAGUGGUGGCCAACGUCAAAGAAUUGCCAUCGCAAGAGCACUAAUAAAAAAACCAAAGAUUUUGAUACUAGAUGAGGCUACAUCCGCAUUAGAUGUGGAAAGCGAAGGUGCUAUAAACUAUACAUUAGGUACGCUCAUGAGGAGCAAAGAGUUGACAAUAAUCAGCAUUGCACACCGUCUGAGUACCAUAAGAAGAUCCGAAAACAUCAUUGUCGUAGGAAACGAUGGGUCUGUUGUAGAAGUUGGCAAAUUCGACAAGUUGUACCGUAACGAGGAAAGUGAAUUGUUCAAAUUAUUAAAUGAAAAAGAUCACGAUUUAGUAUCUAAAUCAGAAAACACUUCAGACAUUCCACCUGAUUCGCCCAAAAAUGACGACGCUAGUGGACUCGAGCAUUUAGUUGCAGAGGAUGUAGCAAGCAUUAAUGACAAGGUAGUGAAAAAUGUCUUGAACGAUAUAACUCACGAUAAAAAUUCCAGCACAUUAAGACCAUAA